AUGGCGAGGCUUGCCAAGCUGUACGUCAGCGUCGAAGAGCUCAUCUGCGCUCCCCUCACCCAGCAAGCUAUUCUUCGAGACCGAAAUGGUAAAGCGAUGCAGGAGGUAGUCGACGAGUCGCUUAUGUUGUUAGAUGCUUGUGGGUUCGCAAGAGACUUGAUGGGGAGGAUGAAAGAUGAAAUCCAGGAUCUACAGUCCGCGAUCAGAAGAAAGGGCGGAAUAAAUUCGAGCAUUGAAAGCCAUGCUCAGGGUUUCAUGAGUUUUAGAAAGAAAGCCAAGAGGGACAUAGCAAAAUAUCUUGGUAAAUUCAAGACCCUGUCAAGCAAAAACCUUAGUAGUUCAUCAAAGUUUCUCAAUCUGGAUGACCAUCUAGUCAUGGUUGUCGAAGUGUUGAAAGAAUUGAACCUCAUCACCAUUUCAAUCUUGAAGUCCAUCUUGAUCUUUGCCUCUCCGGCAAGGACCCAUACAAGGACCGGUGGGUGGUCAUUGGUCUCAAGGCUGAUGCUCUCAAGCGAGAAAGGCGUGAAGAAAGUCUUCAAUGAAGUGGAGAGUGUGGACUGUGCCGUGAGCUCCAUCCAUGGACAUGUAAUCCGGAAAGCCGGCGCCGGGGUUGAAGCUCUAAAGGUGGCGCCAGAGAGACUUCAGACGCUCGAACGCUGCAUGGAAGGGUUCGAAGAUGGAGUGGAUCGACUCUACAAAUGCUUGAUUCGAAACCGGGUGUCUCUUCUCAAUGCAUCGACAGCUCCUUGA